AUGCAGAAAUUACGUGUUUUGCGGGUUUAUAAAGAACACCCGGUUCCCUCGAUGACCUCAAACGUGGCCACGAUGCAAGCAUUGCUGUUCUUGGUGCUCUCCAGUUCAUCCAUACUUUGCGCGGUUUCCCGCCAUGGUUCAACCGAUUAUCGAGAAAGAAUCGUCUCGAAGUCAGCUAGAUUUCCGGGACUCGUAGGAUCCAGGAUUAUCGGAGGGGAGUCGGCCUCCAUAGAGGAAUAUCCAUUUGUGGUUUCGUUGCAGAACAAUGGAACGUUUUUCGGUCACCAAGUCGAGCAUUUCUGCGGCGGUGGUAUCGUCGGGGAAAAGUGGAUAAUAACAUCGGCGCAGUGCGCUCUCAGCGUACAAGCGAAGCCGUUCCACGUGAGGGCGGGCACGUCGCGUUAUUACGAGGGCGGUGACAAUUAUGGUGUCCAAAGCGUCGCGAUUCAUCCCGCCUUUAACGCAAUUAAUUACGACUACGACGUCGGCCUCGUUGAGCUCUCCGACAGGAUAACGUACGACAACACGAAACAACCCAUCAAAUUGCCUAAAACGCAUUCGAUGAUAGACGACGAUUCCCUGGUUCUGGUUCUCGGCUGGGGUGCAUCCAGGUUAUUAGGUCCAAUCUCGAACGAACUUUUAUACACCACGAUGCGGAAAAUUAAUAACCGGGAUUGCGAGGAAGCAAGCGAUGGUGACUUAUUAACAAACAGGAUGUUUUGCGCCUUAUCGGACACCUAUGCUAGACCCUGCAUCGGGGAUUCCGGAUCGCCUCUUAUUUUUCAGGGCGCGUUAUUCGGUAUUACCUCUUGGAGUCGAUCUUGUGAAUGGCAGUAUCCAACCGUUUUCACAGCCAUAGCGGAAGUGAAAGAUUGGAUUACCAAUGUAACCGGUACACUUUGAUUCCUUAUUUGAGGAUUAUCG